CCUUUCGUGGCGCUAACUCUGCCCCCCUUUCUUUCCCUCGUGCAGCUGAUGGGGUCGGAGCGGAUGGAGGUGCGGAAGCGGCAGAUGGCCGCAUCCGCGAAGCCCGCAUCCCCGGGCCCAGGCCAGCCCCGCGGGGGGAGCCGGGGCUCCAAUGCCUGCUGCUUCUGCUGGUGCUGCUGCUGUAGCUGUUCGUGCCUCACCGUUAGAAGCCAAGAGGAACAGAGGCUCCGGCCGGCUUCCUAUGAACUCAGAAGGGCGGAUCUUCUCACCUGUGAAGAAAGCCCGAGUCCCACGCUGGAGGAGGCCAGCGCCUGGGCCCGGUCCUUCGAGCAGCUCAUGCUCACGGCCGCCGGCAGGAACGCCUUCCGGGAGUUUCUCCGCACGGAGUUCAGCGAGGAAAACCUGCUCUUCUGGAUGGCCUGUGAGGAACUGAAAAAGGAGGUGAACAAAACCAUUAUUGAAGAGAAAGCCAGGAUAAUAUAUGAAGACUACAUUUCCAUCCUUUCUCCCAAAGAGGUCAGCCUGGACUCGCGCGUGCGGGAGCUCAUCGACAGGAACAUGGCCGAGCCGUCCCCACACAUCUUCGAUGACGCCCAGCUCCAGAUCUACACGCUGAUGCACAGAGACUCGUACCCCCGCUUCCUGAGCUCUACCCUCUAUAAAGACCUACUGCGGGCCUUAUCUGAGAGGUCCGUGGAAGCGUAGGGUGUUAGGUAUUUAUUAUGCGUCAAGGGAACAAAGAGCUCGUGGACUCUGCCUAGUACAGGGAUUUAGAGGCAGUAGGACCUUCUGCGGGUAGUUCUCAGGCUAUUUUAACAACAGACACCGCCUCUGCAGAAGACUGUAGAUGAGCCAAGUAAAUGGCAGCCACCUUUUGUGAUACUUAUGGAAAAAAUGGGGUACGGCUGUGGUAGAAACAUAGUGUAUGGGCGUUUACAGUAGCAGCAGCGUGUUCUCAAUGGCAGGCGACACACAAGACACCACAGCACCUGGAGCGGCUGCAUCCAGUGGAACAAACAGGACCCAAACCCUUUAUAUGAAGACAUAACCACUACUCGUGAAAACGCUUUAUCUUAGGGACAUGUCUGUAGAUGCAUCUGUGUGCGUGUGUAUCUUACAUGGUUCACGUAAAGCUCUGUACACACAGUGGGCUGGCCUCCAACGUUUGGCAAAAGAGGUAGUGCUCAGGAAAUUCUUUUGUUGAAAAGUUACCGUGAUAUUAUCCCCUGGAUCUCCUAGGCUAAAGGAUAAAUUUGUAGGUUCACAACUUGGCGUUCAUCACAGAACAUUCAAAUAAGCAUAUCUCCACUUUUAGGAUUUAAAGACAUUUUAGGAUUAAAAGACCUAUGGGCAUUUUCACUCUUAAAAAAAAAAUAAAGCACAAGAGUUUUAUCUCAAUGUGUUUUUUCCCACGUAAACACUUGGGUAACAAGAUUAAUUAAGUGGGAGUACAGGUUCACUUCUAGCUCCCAGACUACGACUUCCUAUAUGGAUCGCACUGUUUUAAUCACAAGUGAAUGGAAUAACCUCAGCUUACAGGCAAAAACACUGAAGAAACCCCUCAGGACAAUGACUGGGAAAGAAAGGCAUCCCAAAUCUGGAACGGCUGGAGCAGCCGGCUGGGGAGUAACGGCACGAGGCACCCCCAUGCCUAGGCCCUGAUGGGGGCCCUCUUGGUCCUACAGCCUAAUUCCUUCGUUACUCUCUGCAGGCCCCAAACCAAGACCCCUUGUCCUCAUUCUCAGCAAAAGACCUCGCCUGCCACUUGACUGCGAGGAUCAUGUUCCUGACCCUGCACCUUCCCAUGUAGCCUGUAAUCUGCACAGAUCAGCAUCUAUUUGCCUCCUUCAGCCCCGGCCCAGAGAAGUGCCCCUUCCUCCUUUUCCUGCAUAUGCUGCUUCUGAUUCGUCUCCUGUGGUCUCUGUAGACAAAGGGGAUGUCACUGGGAUGAAGGCGUAAACGCUGCCCCUACCUGUUUACCUGCAGGUAAGGACAACAGAUCUGCCAGGGCGACAACAACACGCCUAAACCGUGUCUGGUGCUGUUCUUUAGAAUUCUAGGAAUAUCCAUCACAAACACUUAUCAUCCAAGCUAUUACAAGUUAUCUGUUUACUACGACUGCCUUUCCCGUUAGACAGGAAGCUCCAGAGACAUUGAAAACACACCUUGUCUCUCAGUUAAUAGACACUGUCUCACAAAGAGCAGUAUUCUAUAAUGUUUGUAGAACAUGAGAAAUACAGCAUGAAAACCUUCCAUGGUGAUAAAAUAAAAUUCCAUCCCGAGUUUGUUUCACAACAUGUCACCUUUCAGAAGGACAGCAUCACAGCCCAUGUGACUCCUGAUCUCACUACCACUAGCGACCCCAUCCAGGGAGUUUGUAUGUAGUACCACCUAUGGAUGUGGGUAGAUGAAUCCUGAAGCCCGUGCCCAGAGGAGCCUACAGAUUCUGUGCAAUUCCAAGCUGAUUUUGUUGAGACAGAUGCCUCUCCACUUGGAAAUAUGUAAAUACAUACACACAAACGUCAAUUCCAAAUAUGCCCACUUCCCAGGAAGAGGACAAGACAGCCCAGUGUGAGCAAGUACACACAGACACAACACAAAACUACAGAGCCAGGGACAUCAUUUUCUCUAGUUCAUGACUUUGACCUAAAAGAUGAAGGUAAUCCAGCCAGUUUCCCGAAGUGGCAUCUGAGAACAGCCUUCCAGCCACCUUUGGCUUAAAACUCUCAAAGGCUUGGGUGGCCAGUUUUUCAUACUGAAUAUAAC